GUUAUAAUAAUGACGCAAUACUCAAGGAUUUACUUUUAGAAAUAGAAUUUAGGCCAUAUCCAAUUUCAGUAGACAAAUAUUCAAUAAUAAGAUUUUGUGAUACUAAGGCAAUAAUAGAAGUGUGGUAUGAAAACCAAAAGAUUUCGCAAUAUGAGGAUGGUACGCCAUUGAAAGUUUGGCAAAAAACUGGAACAUUGGCAAAAUAUAAAGGAACACAAUUAUUUGGAUUAGAAAAUCAAACAUCACAAAUAAUGUUGCGGCAAUUACAAGUUCUUUCUUGUAAACCUUCACAAUGGAAUGAAAAAGAUACAAUAAAUAUGUUGUAUGAAUAUCAUCUCAAAAGACGAACUAUCGCAACUAAAUUGUAUCCAUCCUACCAUCAAUUUAAUGAUCGUGAUUGGAGUUCUAGUCCAAAACAACUGGGUUAUAAAUUUUGGACACAGUCUUCAAAUCCUGCAGAUGAUAAAAAAACUUUGAAGAAUCUUUUUAAAUUAGCACAAAACAAAAAAGGUUCUAAAGGAAUACAACAAAUUUUAUAUAUUAUUGCAUAUCAGUUUUCCUAUCAAGAAUUACGAAACAAACUUGGAGUUUCGACUACAACUAUCAAUGCAACAAGAAAUUACGCUACAGUUAAUGAUCCUGAAUGUCAACAGGUUGAAAAACCU